AAUGGCUGCCUCUUCAUCAUCCUCCUCAGCUGGUGGGGUCAGUGGAAGUUCUGUCACUGGAUCUGGUUUCAGUGUCUCAGACCUUGCCCCACCACGGAAAGCCCUUUUCACCUACCCAAAAGGAGCUGGAGAGAUGUUAGAAGGUGAUCUCAUGCUGCUUUGUGCUGAAUAAUUGGAUUCAGACCUGCAAUGAAUAUUAAUUGUAAAGAAGCUAUUAAGUGGAUUAGAGACGAGUUUGCCCUGAUUUCAGCUCCACAUUUCAUCUCUUGUCCUCAUUUCAAAACAAUAUCUUUAAAGCACAAAUCUUUCUCCAGAAGCAAAAUUUUGGAGCUGAAAAAGACUUUGGAAAAUAAGAAGGUCAUCUAGAGUUAUAUGGACCCAGAAAAGUGAUUUGACCAUGUUAAAGACAAAAUUAGCACUGGAACCAGGAAUUCUUUUGACCUCCUGUUCCAGUUUGCUGUAUCCUGGCACCAGUCUGCCUCCCUAUGAUGGCUCUGAGAGAUUCCUCUGCGAAUCUGUUUUCAGCUAUCAAGUGGCAUCUACGCUUAAACAGGUGAAACAUGAUCAGCAAGUUGCUCGGAUGGAAAAACUAGCUGGUUUGGUAGAAGAGCUGGAGGCAGAUGAGUGGCGGUUUAAACCCAUCGAGCAGCUGCUGGGGUUCACACCCUCUUCAGGUUAACCUUGCCUGAAUGGUCACCUCUGGUGCACAGCAAGUGCAGGGCCAGCAAGGGACUUUUCUUACAGCUUACAUAGCCAUCCAGAGAUUCACAGCUCCAUCACUGAAUUGUUAAUUCACAUCCAUACUUGGUUUCUCUGUAUCUAAAGCAACAAAUACUUACGUGUGACCUUGCAGGGAAAAUUUUUUUAUUUGUUUAAAAAAGGAUUGAGAAUCAGAUUAAGACAAUCGGCAUUAGAGAACUAUGAGGUUUGAGUUUAAGAGAUGUUUAUAAAACUUCACAACCCAGGUAGGACACAUGCCAGAAUUGGCCAACUGAAUGGUGUCUCUCCUAUCAUUCAUGCAGUGCCUGGAAUCCUCCACCAGUGAAGUCUGAGGUCAGGAUCUGGAGUUAUAAAAUACAGCAUUUCUGACCUAAAACAGUUCUUUUUUGCAGAUGAAUGUGAUUUCAACUCAGGAUCUGUCCAAAUGAGGAAUUUUUAAAUGUUUGGGUUUUUUUCCUAUUUUUAGACAUCUAAUUCUAUAGAUUCUAACUUUUUCUAACCUCUUCUAGACAUGCCAAAUGCUGGCAAAAAGAAUUGCUUUUUGAAUGUUGAAGCACUUGUAAAAAUAAAGCAGUGAGCAAAAUCCUUUUAAACACAGAAAUUCUGAGUUCAUCUUGGUGGACUCAAGCAAUUCUGUAGCAAAUAAAUCCUUUGAAAGAGCUCCAAA